AUUCUCAAGCGAGGGAGUAUAUCCGGCAGAACGGAAGCUGGAGUCGGGCCGGAGCGGUGAGUGCUGACUGUCAGCGUCUAUUUAAGAAAAUUUCUUUCCCUUGCUUCUCCUAGACCAGUGUUGUCUUCAUUCGACAUCAAGCAAUUUGAUUUGACUGCAUUGCUCGCAGCCGGUCUGCAGUACAUCAGGAUGGUUCUCACAAGGGAAAAUGCCAGCAUUGGCAUCAUCGGAAUGGGAGACAUGGGCAAGCUGUAUGCCCAACGACUAAGUGCAGCGGGAUGGAGGAUUAACGCAUGCGAUGUACCAGAAAAAUAUGAAGAAUUGAAACAAGAAUUUGACACUCAAAAAGGUGUCACAGUAUUACCGAAUGGACACUUGGUUUCAAGAAUUAGCGAUUUCAUUCUAUACAGUGUAGAGGCGGGCAUUAUCGACCGGGUAGUCGCCCAGUAUGGACCGUCCACCAAGGUCGGCGCUAUCGUUGGAGGACAGACGUCGUGCAAGGCCCCGGAGCUAGCCGCGUUUGACAAACACUUGCCCCCGGAUGUAGAGAUUGUAUCGUGCCAUUCGCUGCAUGGGCCAAAGGUGAAUCCUAAUGGACAGCCAUUGGUCCUCAUCCAACACCGCGCCUCCGACGAAAGCCUCCACUUUGUCGAAAACGCCCUCUCCUGCUUCGGCUCGAAAUAUGUCUACCUCUCGGGCGAAAUGCACGACCGCAUCACCGCCGACACCCAAGCCGUCACCCACGCCGCCUUCCUAAGCAUGGGCACAGCCUGGCAAGCCAACAACCAAUUCCCAUGGGAUAUGUCACGCUGGGUCGGCGGCAUCGAAAACGUCAAGAUCAACAUCACGCUACGCAUCUACUCGAACAAAUGGCACGUCUACGCGGGUCUCGCGAUCCUCAACCCAGCCGCCAAAGCGCAGAUCCGGCAGUACGCCGAGUCCGUGACGGAGUUGUACAAGCUUAUGAUUGAGGGACAGCGGGAUGAGUUGAAGAAGCGAGUGAAAGCGGCCGGGGAGUAUGUGUUCCAGGCUGGGACGAAGGGGCAAGAUUUAUUGUUGAAGGAUGAGGUACUGGAUCGGUUUUCGCUGUCGAAUCGGCAUCGUGAGGAGAGUCCGCCGAAUAAUCAUCUGAGUUUGUUGGCGAUUGUGGAUUGUUGGUGGAAGUUGGGGAUUGUGCCGUAUGAUCAUAUGAUAUGUUCGACGCCGUUAUUCCGUCUCUGGCUGGGCGUGACGGAGUACCUCUUUCGCAAUCCGGAAUUGCUUGAUGAAGCGCUGGAUACGGCGUGUGAUGAUAGCACGUUCCGUUCGGAUGAUCUGGAGUUUACGUUUGCUGCGCGGGCAUGGUCCGACUGCGUUUCAUUUGGCGAUUUCGAAUCGUACCGGGACCGAUUCGAGCGGAUCCAGCAGUACUUUGCGCCAAGAUUCCCCGAGGCAUCUCGGCUGGGCAACGAGAUGAUGAAGACCAUUCUGGAGAAGACAAAGUAGCUACCAGUACUCCGUACUAUAAAUUAAUGCAAGUGGAACUCACGUGUCUCGGCAAUUCGAUAAUCCUUGGCGACUCCAUCCAUGACGCGUCGGACAUUAGUAUACCACGAAUAACAGCCACAGGGAACAUAAUAAUAGAAGCUAUUUGGCGAGUGUCUCGU